CGUGCGGUGCAAAUUGAACAACAGCUGCUGCACGCGGGCGUGCGACACCCUCGCGCGGAGGUAUCGUAUUGUCUAAUAUACGCGGCGGUCGAUGCGCGGCCGUUCGGUGGAUAGGUGUGUGUGAGAGGAGUCGUUUUUACAGCUUCUGUUUAGAGAGGAUGAACUGGCUGAGAGCGGGGAGGAUGGGGGGAAAACGCAGGUGUGACGAGAUGCUCUCAUCGGGAAAGUGACUCCUCCCGAGCCUGGUCCGCCGCUCUCACCUGCGUGGGUUACAUCUUGUGUCGGGAGAAAUCUAGCACGGGAGGGAUAAAAGUGGCAGGAAAUGGAGGGACGCGCGGGGAAGCAGGGGGAGACCUCGGGGGACGCCGCAGCUGUCAUCGUCGUGGUGGAGAACGAGGCUGAGAGCAUGCCGGUGCACGAGGAGGAGUCCGAAGCAACCGGACACAAUUACCUGGACACCUGCCCCGUCUGCCUCCUCAACUUCCACAGCCGAGAGCCCAAACUUCUGCCGUGCCUGCACUCCUUCUGCAGGAAGUGUUUGCCCUCGCCCUCGAGGAAUCUGGCCAUGACGGAGCCGCUGCCACACUCCCAGCAGGCUGACAGGGCGAGCAAACCACUGAAUGUGAUCCGCUGUCCGGUGUGCAGGCAGGAGUGUAUGGAGGUAGAUGUGAUGGAGAACGUGUUCGUGAAGGACUCGGUUGAGGCUCCCAGCAGCACAGUGGAGAGGACAGUCCAGCUCUGUAUGACCUGCGAUGACAACACCGAAGCUGCCGGGUUCUGUGUGAACUGUGUUGAGUACCUCUGUGCCACCUGUGUGGAGGCUCACCAAAGAGUGAAAUUCACCAGAGACCACACCAUCAGGCAGAAGGCAGAUGUAUCACAAGAGGUCCGCGUUGUGUCGUCUCAGAAGCCAAUGUUCUGCGACAUCCACAAACAAGAGCCGCUGAAGCUGUUCUGUGAGACCUGUGACCUGCUAACCUGUCGUGACUGCCAACUAGUCAAGCACAAGGACCACAACUACCAGUUCCUUGAGGAUGCUUUUAAAAACCACAAACAGCACAUGGAGAGCAUGACCCAUCAGCUGCAGGAGAAAAGAAAAAUGAUUGAGGAUGUAUCAAACUCCAUAAACAAUGGGCUUCGUCAGGCUGAUCAGAACCGCUCCUCUGUUCAUAGUGAAAUAAAGAAAUCCAUCUGCACUUUGAUUCUUGAAAUAAACAAGAAGGGCAAGAUGCUAAUGAAUCAACUUGAGGCUGUUACCACGGAUCACGAGAGUGUCUUGCGCAAACAACAGGAAGACAUCGGCUAUCUAUCAAGACACCUGGAUCAUGUCAUCAGCUUCACCAAGUGGGCCACGGCCAGGAGUGGGGGCACGGCCUUCUUGUACUGUAAACGUUUGAUUCUGUUUCAGAUUGGAAACCUCCUGCGGGCAAAAUGUAGUACCUCGUUUGUGCCACAGAGCACGGUGCGCUUCCAGUGUCGAUCCUCUUACUGGGCCUCAAAUGUUGAUCUGGGCUCUUUAGUGGUGGAGACUGUACCAGGCCCCCAGCUGGGUGGGUUUCAGGGUAUCCCUCAUCAGAUCUCCCACCCUGGACAGGGCCCCUCAGGCUCGCCCCAUAGCUUUGCCAUGGGCGCACCUCAUAACACUCUGGCUCAGCUCCAGAUGCAGGUGGACAAGCUCAACCCACAGGCCCACUGGCAGCCCCAACCACCUCCCCCACCGUGGCCGUGGUACCAGAGCGUCCGACUCCAGAGAACCAUCCCAGGGCCCCUGCAAGGAGGCUCUACUUCCCACAGUAUGCCUCCCCAACCAGGCCGCAGGUUACUGGGGCCUCCUCCCAGCCAUGUCAGCCCAACCAGCAGCUUACCGAGCCCUGGAUUUCCUCCCCAGCCUCUGAGGGGAACAGGAAGCAGCUCCAGCUACCAACCCAAACCUGUGGAUGUAUUUUCAUCUUCACCACUGUACACUCAUAUGACACCACUGCCAGUCAACGGUGGCGUCAGUUCACCUCAAUCGCGACACACGAUUGAGCCCACGUAUCUGAACAGGAGGAGUGAUUCAGGUGGUCCAAUAUACAUGCUGAAACCAAACUAUCCCCAUAGCCUGCCGCCUUCUCUGCCACAUAGAAAUGUUCAAGGACAGCCGAAUUCACCAGGGUAUGCUGCUGUAUCCAAGGAGGAGAAACCAGGGACAGUUUCCUGGAAACCUCCAGAAAUACACCCGGCUAGUGGAGAAAGGGGCCCGGUUGUUAAGAAAAGACGAAUGUCGUCACCGGGGCCCAUCAUAGUAAUCAAAGACGAGCCAGAUGAUGACGGCAGCUAUGUACAAUCCAACCAAAGAGCGAACCUUCCUGACAGCACAGGAGACCAACCCCAAAUCAGUGCCCAAGACGAGGGGAACAAAUAUCCAGCUCCUCUUCAAAGCACAGACUACAAACCCCACAGCCCUUCACAGCCUCGAAGCAGUCAGCGGUACCAGGAUACUAAUGCUCGUGAAGUCUUGUGUGCUGUGUGUCGGACCGGGGGAGAGCUGCUGUGCUGUUAUAAGUGUCCCAAGGUUUUUCACCUUUCAUGCCACGUGCCAGCGCUCCUCAGUUCUCCCAGUGGGGAAUGGUUUUGCUCUUUCUGCCGUGACCUGUUAGUGCCUGAGAUGGAGUACGAAAGCAAACCUGAAGCCAAAACAGUAAAGAAGGAGCCAAAUUCUGAAGGAGGACUUCUCCCGGAGGACAAACGGAAGUGUGAGAGGCUGUUGCUGCACUUGUUUUGCAGUGACCAGAGUUCAUACUUUCAAGAGCCAGUAUCCUCCUCGGUAUGUGCUAGCAACAAGCCGACUAUAAAGCGACCGGUGAAGCUCUCCACUGUGAAAAGACGACUGGAGGCUCAGCAGAGUCCAUGCUACCAGAGCCCUGUAGAGUUUAUAUCAGACAUCAGGCUUGUCUUUGGGAACUGUGCAGUCCUUUGUGAGGCUGACACAGAGGUCACCAUGGCAGGAAGGAGGCUUAAGGAGCUGUUUGAAGAGCACCUGCGGACCAUGUUCCCUGACCGGACCUUUCCAGAAAUCAAACAAGAGACUAUACCCACUGCCCCUCCUGACUCCCAACUCUCGUCACAUGACAAUACAUCCCAGUCGGUGAAAUGCCAGCGCACAUGUUCAGACUGAGUAGAAGCAGUCGAAUGAAAGUACAAAUCAUCUUAAUCUUUAAGAUAUUUGACAGCACUGCCAACUUCUAUGUGGUGUGACACACUAUUACAAACGUUAUCAUAAACAUUACCUUCAGGUCACCAAAAAUAUUUUAUAUGCUUAAUGAUUUGAUUUAUAUUACAAGCAAACAACUAUGACACGGGGCACUAAAUUAGUUCUAUUUUCUUGAAUACUCUGUCUUCUAUUUCUGACAUAUGCUUAAAAAUUAAGACUGGGAUUCGUAUAAAAAUGCAGCACUUAAAGGUUUUUACAGGGUAAAGCUGACUGGUCUUUUUGGUUAUCAAUUCAAGUUAUUAGUUUACUUUUUCCAAGUGAUAAGUCUGCUCACUGUAGAUGCAUUGGUUCAUUGACACUAAGCCAAGAGUUGGUGUAGUCAGGUCUGGUCUGGUGUGUGCUUUCUGUUUAAUUCUCCAUGUGUAGAUAAAGCAGUGAUCAGCAGGAGGAUAAUAAUCAUGAGCUUUGAAGUUUGCGGUCUAUCUUAUGUGGAAUACGACGUGUUAUGAGCCCCCUCAAGGCUAGUAAAAUGAAGACAUCAAAGGAAACCAAAGCAGUCUGAUAAAACCACAGACUGCUCCAUAGUCACACAUCUUUACACAAUAUUUCUGCCUGCCAGAGAUGGGCACAAAUACAUUAAAUAUAUCAUGUUACAAUUACAAAUACUUGCUUAUGUAUGAAAUAAGAUACGAAAUAGUGGUUUAAGAAAAAUGGAUUCAUUCACAAUGGAGGUAAUUUGUAACUCACAAAUACAUUUAUUAUGGGUUUUACAAACCCAAACACAAGACAGGGCCCAAACCCAAACACAAGACACACAAAUCAGACAUGCUGAAAAACAAAAAGCAGGCUUAGAUGAAACCAAAUCUGCAAUCCAUAAAAGGCAGGUAAUCAGAAAAUCUGAACGAAAACAGAAAACAGAUUCCAAAAGUCCAAAAAGGAAAAAAUCCAAACAAAUAAGUGCAAACUAAGGACACACAAGAAACACAGGCAGUAACAAAGGCAAGACAAGGAGAGAACUGAGGACUGGGAACACAGAUAUGAGACAUAGGAGACACAGGACUGAUCAGAGGACAAAAACAGAUAAAUUGACAAAGAGUAUGUGUAAAACACAGGCUUUAUUACUCAGGAAUGAUUUACUAAUAGGACACAGGGGAGCAAGAAAUAUGGCAGGAAAACAGACAAAGACAGGAAGUGGAAAGUAAAAUAUGACACGUGAGCAUAUAACUUUCUAAGUGAGACAGGACAUUUCUGAACUAAAGACCCGAAACCAUGACAACAUCAUAUAGGAAAAGUGACAUUAUCACAUUUUAGGCAUUUAGUUGCCUCAAUAGGCCUCUGACUUUAAACUUCUUAAUCAUGCUAAACAACCCUGCUGUAAAAUUGAAUUCAAAGUUCAAAAGACACAAAUCAGUUGUACAGUUUUCUUCUGCAGUUCAAACACGAAGAAUAAAAUGAGAUAAAUACAUAGAAUUGAAAUACUGCCCAUCUCUGCUUCUUGUUCUGUUUCAUCAGCACAGAACUGCAGAGUUAUUGUUGUAUGGGUAAAAAUGUUAUGUGUAAUGUAUUUAUUUUUCUCUGUAUUUAUUUGUUUUAAUAUGUUUUUUGUGAAGCACUAAACACAGUGCAAGUGUUAUGUGAGACUCUAUUUUUUCUAGCAACAUUUCUUCUACACAGAACUGUUUUCUUAUGAUAUCCACGAGCCUGAACGUUUACUGUAGCCAUAAACCUGCUUGCAUGCAAGUCGACUCGCAGGUGUUUACAGGGUUCAAUAAAACAUGAUAUGCUGUA